AGUGGGCACCGUUGUAUCAGUGCAACAAGACGAAGAGUGAACACUUCCCAAAACAAAAGGAUCGGACCAUAGACUGCAUCCAUCAGAGAAAGAGUUCACCCUUCGCAAAACCCUUCGCAAAAGCCCAGGGCAGUGCAGAGACAUGUGCGCUAUGUGGAUCUGGGUGCUCCUCCCGUGCACAUUGAUCAUUGCGUCCUGUGCCCGCUGAGCUGCUGCUCUGACCGCGGGGGUGCAAUCAGACAUGGACACGGACACACGGAGCAGCGGGACCAAGCUCUUCUACCAGGUCAAGCCCUCAGGAUGUAGGAGAGUUCUAAAGAUCGUUUCUGGGAAGUCCAUCCAGACCCAAACCGUGGUCACCUCCUCUGUCCAUGUCGUGUCCUCUCUGAUGACGCAGUCCAGAGAUCCUAUCCCACCAGUCAAACCCAUGAGACCACUGACUGCUGCAGUACUGAGCCAUGUCCAUUCUAAAGCACAAGUCCAACCAUCUGUCCAGCUCUGUGUCUCUCCAACACUGUCUACCCCACCUACAAAGCCUACCCACUCCACUCCAGCAACUAUUUCUCUUGGCAGCUGCGUAAUAGAAGUGCCUGUUCAACCUAGUACAACCCCCCAAAAAACAAUACUGGGUGUCCCUAAUGACAAAUCUGCAAAUUGCAAAAUAAUUGUCAAAUUACCUACAAAUAGCAAUGAUAACCUUAAUACAAGCCUUGCUCCCAUUCCGCGAUUGACUGAGUUGAACACAAUUCGAAGUUUUACCAAAGUCACAAACACUGCCAACCCUGGACCUGUAUCAGACAAGCAAACUCGCAAACUGAUUCUGUGCUUGCCUCAAAGACCCAACAGUCCAAACAAGUGGGUGGUUGAAGAUAAUGGACUCAACUCCUUGUCCUCCUCUCAAGCUUCGGUCAUUCCUGAAGAUAUUACCAGCAUGGUGGAAGUUGUGGCCAAAAGAGAACAAACAAACAAAAACUGUGCAAUGACCCUGGCUCCCACAGAGAUGGAGGAGAGGCCAGAAUGCUCACUGCUCAUGUGGAAUGAUAAAGUGUUCUUCCGGGUUGAGAAGCAAGCGCUAAAGGCAGGAGCAGUUGAAGACAUAGACCUCUGUGCUGAUGGUGUUUAUGAGGCAGAUGCUUGUGAUGAAGACAGUGUGAGCUUUGUGGGAUGUUAUGUUCAGAGCUCCAGAGCUAAGGAAGGGGCAGGGGGAGAGACAGGCACAGCACCCAGGGACCACAGCUCCUCAGCACAACUUGCAUCCAGCAAAGUGGGUCCAAUGCCAAGGGCCCACCACGUACAGAUAUCCAGUCCUUCACCUUCUCUGUGUGCAUUGGCGGACCACAAACUGAAGCAGAUGUUUGGUAUAACCUCAGAGGUAGAGAUCAGACUGCCCCGUGUGGCUUGCCUCGACAUGGUGAGGAGCUCUGCCUCUCAAGCCCCGCCCUUGGACUACACCCAACCAAUUGAGGAAGACUUCCUGUGUGAUGCAGACCCACCCCAUUCUCAGGGCUGUCCCCAGGUAGAGGCUGCGCCCAGCCGGGUGGGACGCACUCGCAAACGCACUAAGUGUCCCUGCUGUUCCCCGGCCGCUCUGCUCCGGCACCACGCCCACAAGAGACGCUCCAAACCUGGGGCUGGGGACAAGAGGGAGACCGCUCGGAAACAGCUCAGGCUCACCACCACGCUCAUCACCCCAAAGACGGACACACUAACCAACCCACUGACCGCCCACAAGGUGGUCAAACUGCUGCCCGCCCUGCCAAACAAUCUGUUCACCCCAGCCUCUGCCACACUAACCACCCCCAUGACGAUCGCUACAAACACCCCAGCGACCACCACGACUCCCAUCCCGAUGGAUGCUAACCCUAUUCCAAUAGAUGGGAGUUGUGUAAGCGGCCAGAUUCAAGUCCUACCUAUGCCAGCCACAGUGACCACCCCACUGACCCUCCACACAACCAGGAACACGGAUUGUGAGGAGCUACAGAUGCAUAGAGAGAUCCAACUGCUACGAGAGGCACUCCGUCUGAAAGAGGCAGCACUGGAGAAACUAAAGAGCAAGAACACUUAAAGGGCCCAUAUUACACAGUUUUGUGAUCUAUGUUAUAAUGUUUCCUCAUCAAGAACAGAUGUGUUGUGCUUUGUUUUAUCCACAUGUUUAACACACAAACCCUGCAUAUUUAGGCUGAGUUCUAGGCUAUGUUUAGGCUCCUUCCACUUUGUGCUGUUAUGUGGCAAUACAGGAAGUGCUCCACUGUUUUUAAACGCCAUACACCUUCACUAGAAUCAUUUGGAUAAUUUCAGGCUACUAAAUACAAAGUAAUGGGUAGCUGUUAACUUGAAUACUAUUUCAUGACUUCUGAAGGAUAUACCUAAUAAAGCUUCUUAGGUGAAUACUGUUUUAAUGAAGUCACACAUUGAGUUGAACACUGAUUUAAUGCUUAAACACUGAAAGUUUAUUUAUUUUAUGAUUUAUUUAUCCGCUAUAAUAGUGUCUUUUAAAGCAAACAUUGUGUGUUCUGAAUAACGGGAGGCAGCUGUGUGUUUUGCAGAAAUUCCUUUAAAGAGAUAAGGCAGCCAAAGAUGUCUCCAGGUUGGACUUAUUUGAGGAAAAACAGACUGGUGCAGCCGGGGAUGUCGGAGAGAAGUGAAAGAUGUUUGUAGGAGGAACCAAGGCGUGAACCAUAUUAUUUGCAUAUUCAUAUUGUUGUUUUUUUUUAUCUCUGGGUCUAGGGAAAGGUAGGCAGUCAGAGCACCUGGCUUAAGUCCUACAAUGACAACGAUCUGACCCAGGGCUCUGUAUUAGAAAUGUACUGGACAGGGAAUACAUUUUUGUGAUUUUAACAGAUUAAUUAAUUCCAGUCGUCAUUUUUGAUAGAACACACCUAACACAUCACAAGCUGGAACAGAGCAUUUUGAACUCUGUUCCAACUUGUAGGAUUACUCAAACAUGUGAUUGAACAACAACUGCAGUUUUUAUGAGGUUGCAGCAUUAUAACAUGGCUUAAAGUUCACAAGAGUCAGUUUUACGGAAUAUAGGACCAUUUAAAGUGGCUGUUUCUCAAAUGCUAGGCACCUCGGCAUGCCAUGCAAGUCUGUUCUUUUCUCCCCCUCCCCCAAAUACUUUUUGUGUGUAUAUUGUUUAUGGAAUAGGAUCCAGGUGGUGCUCAAGCUGCCUCUUUGACUUAAGUGCCCUCGUGGUCAACACAUUUUUUUAGGUUUAAUAUUUGCCCCAUGAAGACAUCAGAUGUGUAAAAGUUGUUUUAAACACUCAACAAUAAAAUAAUGUCAGUGUC